CGCCAUUUGACCGCCAUGAUCUCAGCAGGUACCAUCCAUGCCCUCUUCGCUUCCCUCUCACCAUGGCCCACACCCCCGACGAAAAACGCGAAAACCCACAGGAAACACCACCGAGGUCGCGCUGGAAAGUCUGGCAAGACUGGGACCUCCCGCCAUGGAUAUCGUCCAACUUGCGCUCGACGAGAAGUUGGAAGAUGCUCGUUAGGUGCUGGGUUGCGUCGUGGGCCGCGUUCAUCAUCUUGCUACCGCACGCCUCGCUGAGCACGCUGGGAAACACAGCGUUCUUCACCCUCCUGGCAAGCCUGAUGGCUCCGCCGAACAUGCCCUUACAGCUCUUCAUUUUUGUCCUCAUGACUAUCAUCAUCGGCCUGUGCCUUGGAUGGGCUUUGGGGGCGGCGGGGAUGGCUGCAGCGCUCGCGGCACGUAACCAGUUGUUGCUUAAGUCAGAGCUAGAGAGGGUGCAACAGAGUGUUGCAGGCUUGGCGAACCCAGACGCGCUUUUCGAAGCAAGCAUUUUCGAAGGCGCAUUCCUCGACACACGCUCGUCUGUCCUCUUCGGCGUCUUCCUCGCCAUCGCUGUCUUCUUUCUCUCCCUCCUCCGCGCGUACGCCCCUAGGUUGACGAUCAUGUCCAUCUUCGGAACGAUCGCCGUGGACAUCUACUGCAGUUAUGGGCCGCUCUUCCCGUUUGCGCAAUAUACGAUCCUAACCUCGUUGCUCAUCUCCCUGUCUUGCUACAUGGCCAUCGGCCUUGUCGUCAUCAUAUUCGUUUUCCCGGAGACCUUGAACCACGCGACACUUACGACGGUCACGACUCUAUUCGACAAGCUGGAGGCUCUCAUCAUACUGCAGGAGGAGGUUCUAUCUAUCGAGCAGACCCUUGGCGAAGCACUGGCGGAGGGAAGUCCUCUCCUCACCAAGCUAGCAGGCGGUCGGGACGCGAUGUUGGGCGUGGCGAAAGGCCUGGGCGGACAGCUGCCCAUGCUCAACCUCGAGUUCAGCUGGGGGAAGUGGAGCGGAGACGACAUCAAGACGCUCGAGAAGCCGAUAGAGGGCGUUGUCGGACGGGUCGCUGCGUUGCAAGGGUUCGGGCGGAUUCUCGGGAGCUCUCUCCACCGACAUUCCCCAUCCCAGUCCGCCUCGCGCAUGUCCACGCAUGACGCAUCCACGGGGUCGGCCGACACUGGCAGCCGGGAUUCAGUCAUGGGCGACACGCAGCUCUUCCGGGAACUGCGUGGGUCGCAGAGCCGCUAUACCCCUGACCUCGUCCCGUUGCCCGAGCUCAUCCCGGUCCUGCACUCAUGCACCGCGCCUCUGCGUGCCGCCGUGGUGGAGGUGCUCUCGUCCACGCGCGCCGUGCUCGACUCCGUCAACACGCGGCGAUACAAGCGCGGAAGCACCGCGCACCUCGACGAGUCCCUCGUGCAGCUUGGUGCCGCAACACAGUGCCUGACAAGUGCCCUCGAUGCGUUCCGCACGACGGACCGACUCGCGCUCCUCGAGCCAUUCGCGCCGUUUCUCGACCCACGCCCCGACCAGGAGCUCCCGAAGGCGGGGUCCACGCCCUUCCGCUCGCUGUUCAUCGUCUACGUCUUCGCUGCGAACCUCGUGUCCGUCGCCACGGCGGUGCGCAGCCUAGCCGAGAGCGUAGCUCGCACGGCGGGUGCGCGGCGGAGAAAUAGGUUGUGGGGCCCGGGCGCGAUUGCGCUCGGCAAGGUUCUCGGGCGCCGCCGGAGAGGUGAGGGAGGUGGCGUAGACAACGAUCUUGGCGGACAGGGCGCCCUGGGAGAGGCGCCGCAGGGACCGGUGGGACAGAACUGGGAGAGGGAGGAGACAGUAUAUCGCAGAGACCCGGAUGGUCGGCCUCCCAGUAAUCCUGUCCAGUAUGUGAUGAAUGCCAUCCAUCGAGCGUGGUUGUGGGCGCAAACUCCCGAGGCCUUGUUCGCAUUCAAGAUGGUGUUUAUCUCUAUUGCUCUCUGGAUUCCGUCGGUUUGUCGUAGCAGCGCCCACUUCGUAUACGAACAGAAGGGUUUAUGGGCCUUGAUCAUGGCGCAGACAACGCUGAACAUCUACGCAGCAGAUCAGAUCUUCAAUAUCUUUGCACGGACACUCGGCACAUUCGUCGGUCUCGUCCUUGGGCUACUGUCUUGGUAUCUAGGCUCCGCCAAGAGCAUCGGUAGUCCGUACGGCAUGGCGGCUGUUGUUGGCGUGUUCCUAGUGCCCGUUCUGUUCUUCAGGUUAUUCACCCCGAUGCAAUACCUGUCGGGUGUCAUUAUGACUGUGGUUACCUGGGCACUUAUAAUUGGGUACUCCUGGCUCGAUGGCCAUAUCGCCGUUCUCGGGAAUGUCGGUAUUGGAUGGGGCGUUGCUUGGCGAAGAUUUGUGCUUGUCAUCAUUGGCGUCGCAGCGUCGUCCAUCAUGAUGAUACUCCCUCCCCAGUCUGCACGUCGCUCCGUUCGCCUCCGUUGUGCCUCGACAAUGUCAGCGAUUUCCUACCUCUACUCCCACCUCACCGCGGCGUGGAUAUCUCCGAAGCCGUUCUCCGAAGGAGACAACGAUGAUGCAACUGGCCCGGGCAAGUUGCUAUGGGUCCAAGAAUACCGCGAGCGCUUCCUCGAGAUCGCACAGCAGCUCCAAGUUUUGAGAACGCAGGCGGGGAUGGCGAAGUUGGAGGGGAACGUGAGGGGCAAGUGGCCGGCGGAGGAGUACGCGCAGCUGGUCCAGGUAGAGAGCGAGAUGGCCUGGGCUCUAGGCGUCCUCGGUGGUUCGCUGAGCCAACUCGACGAUGAUACGAGGAUGGGGCUGUUGAAGCAUACCGUGGCCGUCAACCCGAACUUCAUUGGCGAUGUGAUGUCGGCAUUCCUCCUGGUCUCCCAGUCGCUCCGAACCGGCGAACCUCUCCACCAGGCACAAUCCGAAGACCUCAUCGAGCGCGCAUUUUACCACAGCACUUCGCCCACAACGAUGCCGGGGCUGGAUGCGGAAGCACUCAGAGAUUCGCGGCUGAAGCGGCUGCAGUCCAUCACUACGUACGAGUACAUGUUCUACGCCAGCGGGGUUGUUGCGGUAUUCCGCAUGCUCGAGGGCUUGAACGAAGCGAGGCAGAUCACCGCGAGGCUCUGUGGCGAGAUUCCUCUCGAAGGCUUUGAUGCAUGGAGGGAGAGGUACCAGCAAAUGGCGUAAUGCUACUACCCAAUGUAUCUAUCAAUUUUUGGUAUGCCGUGCUAAGUGCAGGUCGGUGGCAUAAUCAAUGAGCUACAGUAUUAACUAAA